GGCAGUGGUUGAGUGGUUCCAAGUUUCUGGGGUCGUCGCUUGGGCAGCCAGAUCCCCGUCAUUUAAUCAAGGUCAAAAUUUGUGCAGUAACGUGUUCUGCGUGUAGUGUAGCAAAACCAUAUCGCACAUGCGUGUGUACUACCUGCUUACUACAGUCUAGAUUGGUAAACCACGCCGAAAGACACGGAAUUUACGAGGUGUUGAAUAAGUAGGCAGACAUCUCGACUACUUCAUUAUUGUUUGUGUUUUUAAUGUAAUACUGAUCUUUCGUGAUUUCAUUUCUGAUUGAGUAUUUUCCAACCGUUCGACUGGAACUACCAUGGGCGACCACGAUCAAGAUUAUGAUGGCAGCACGGAGCAGACGCCGCUGGUAACGGACGACGCAGAACCCGCUGCUCAACCGCGCCGUCCGGCUCAUCGAACAAUGCGUUCGGUCACCUCCAUCGCUUCGAGCUUCCGCGUCCCUCAGGUUCACAGUGGCAGCACAAUUGUCGCUCUCUUUUGUGUCAUCCUCUUAGUUGCUUCAUGCGCAAAUGGGUUCGUCAGCAUACCGCUGACAAGGGUUGUCGAAGAUGUCGUCUGCCACCGAUACUACGAAGUGCAAAACCUCGGUGAAUCAAUUGAUGAGAAACUCUGUAAAGUUCCAGCCGUUCAGUCCAAAAUGGCUUAUAUCUUUGCCACCGCGGAAGUCUGUGAAGCAAUAGCCGGCUUCGUUACUGCGUUUCCAUGGGGCGUCGCGGCGGAUAAAAUUGGGCGAAAGCCCGUAUUUGCGCUGUCCUUGGUUGGUAUGGCCUUGUCCAUCCUGUGGAUGAUGGCAAUCCUGUGGUUUAACUCAGUAUUCAACCCUGCGCUGAUUGCUACGGCUUGCCUGUUCCGUCUUAUCGGUGGUGGCAGUCCUGUCGUGAUUGGCGUUAUCCUCAGUAUGGUGUCUGAUGUUAUCCCCGAGGACGGAAGAGCAACUGCGUUCUUGCGUAUACAAGUCUGCAGUCUGGUUGGUACUUUGGUGUCCCCGGCCCUGUCAUCAGCCAUAAUGCCUGCGAUAGGACCUUGGCCUGUUAUGCUUCUUGGAGUUGCUUGUGUGAUAAUUGGGGCCAUUGCCUUCAUGUUCGUACCCGAGACAUUGCAACAUAAGCAAAAUGAUACAACUGGCGACGACGACCAACCGCAAGGUUUGGCAGGUCACUACCAUCACGCUAUUGGCCAGCUCAAGGAUACCAUUGGUUUAUUCAAGUCAUCAUCACUCAUUCUCCUUAUGGUCGCCAUGCUUACAACGAACCCUGCCGCUCAGAGCUUGCAGCAGUUUCUUGUACAGUUUGUAUCAAAGCGCUACGGUAUCUCGAUCGCAUCUACCGGUUACGUGCAAACGACGUACGGUUUAGCUCAAGUUAUUCAAGCACUUGUCAUAUUGCCUUGGAUUUCCCGGCUCAUGUUACAAGACACGACCCCCAAGCCAUUCCGUCGUCCUAAUGAGCAAGAGCGCGACCUAUCACUCGCAAGACUGUCCUACGUCCUCGCGCUUCUUGGUUAUUUCGUUCUUGCAAUAGCACCAAAGUUAUGGGUGUUUAUACUCGGGCUUUUCGUCUUGGCUAUUAGUUCUGGCUCUGCCGCCCUGGCUCAUAGUCUCUUGAGCUUAUAUGUCGAUCCGGAGCACAGUUCUCGGCUUUUUAGCAUGGUGGGAAUGGUAGAGACCAUUGGUAGUGUUUACGGUUCACCGUUGUUGGCGGGGCUGUUCUCCCUUGGAAUGAAAACAGGCGAGCCCUGGGUAGGGCUCCCUUAUUUCGGUAUAAUGGGCCUCAUGGUCAUUGUCAUUGUGAUCUUGGCUCUGGUUAGGGUGCCCAAACAACGCCGAGAGGCACCACCUUCAUAUGAAGAAGCUAGGGAUCAUCAAGACUAAGAAUCAUUAGAUUGAUAGAGAUACAUUGUCGUUCAGAUUUAUUAGUUGCAUUGUUGCAGCAAUUGUACCCGGCUCUGAGAAGCAUGCCGUAGUUACUACAGGCAACUGGGAUAAUCGACCAAGUUGCGCAGAAAGAAUCUAGGCAUGGACGUUUGUGAUAUCUCAUCUGUCCUGCAUAAAGCAAACUAUGAUCAAAGACACCUUAUUUGAAAUGGAAGCACAAACACUAUAGUUAGUAUCAACUAGCAAUCUAAAGGCACCAUUUUUCUUAUUUAUACGUAGAACUAAAAAAAGGGAAG